AUGAACACGCUAGGCGUGAAUGUGGGCGGUGGUGGUAAUACUUUGGAAGAAGCAUUAGCUAUGGUUGAAAACAACCAUAAAGAUUUAAGUAAAAUAUUUAUAGCGACUCCAGAUCCAAAUGUACUGACUGACGAUGAUUCUGGUGAUAAGGAAGGAGGACUAGUUGAUAACUUAAUCGGUAGACAAUUACGUGAGGAACUAAAGAGAAGGCAGAGAAGUUUACGUGAUUCUUAUGUCCUAUAUAUAAGAGUAAUUAAAACAAGAAACGAACAAGCUGCACAAAAUAAAAUAUGGCAAUGGGCUGAAAGUAUGAAAAUGUUCCAACCUUUCUUGAUUUUUGCUAAAACCUUUUCGAAUGUACCGAUAUUUGCGACUCAAUUAGAGUCUGUAACUGAAAAAGAUAAUGGUGUAGAUGUUUCUGGUAACGAGGAGAGUGAAUUUAGUGAUCUAUUUGAAGUACUGUUACCUACAGAACAUAAAAAAAUCUACUUGUGCUGA